UCAAGCAACCUCUCACAAUACUGUACCAAAACGAUUCGGAACGAUUGUAUUACUGAAUCUCCCACUUACUGCUUGGUUAAAAGCCUGGAAUCAUCUUCGUUGCGGCAAACUCUAGAGGCAGAAACGAAGCAAAAGAGAUAUAUAACGACCAUCUUCCACAUCUCGURCCACACAAAAGGAUGUCGCUCUCUGUAUCGUCCGGUUCGGAAGACAGGGACAUGGCGGGAUCAACGGGGAAGCCCACCGUCAACCUGAAUUUCGUAACGUUCCAGGCGUAUGUAAUUGGAAUGUAAGUCGACUCGACUCGAGUGGCGCUCCACUCUCUAGAUGCCAUUGCCUGUCUCGCUUCGAAAUGAACAAAACACGAUGCAACGCACAGCACAGGGGUUCCGCUUCGUUUCGUUUCGUUUCUCACCACCUUGUUGGUUCUUCUGUUGGCGAUGAACGAAUUCCCCCAGGAUUUCGCAGAUCGGUUCCAGGGUAACGAUGGACACGGUCCGUCCGCUGAACAUGUUCCUGGGCAUCACGGGUCCGUCCUUUUGUUUCUCUCCGGCCGCAUUCAACGCCCCGGUAACAAAGAUCGACAAAUCUACGUACGAAAAGUUUACUUCCCGGCUGAGGCUUAAUUUUGCCUUCUUCAUCUCGAACUACGCGCUAUURACARUGGGUGUUGGAGUAGUAACAGCCCUGAUGCACCCUGGAAUGGUGGUGUCGGUGGGCGUGAUGUAUAGCCUGUGGGCGCUACACCGGUUUUUGAUUUCGAACGAAUUGAUUCUAUUUGGGAGAAACAUAGGGACGCUGGUUUCCAUUUCCCACAGAUCUACCGCGCUCACCAUUCUUACCGGAUUAGUGGUGGCGUGGAAGUGCCUGCGGCCCACCAUCAAGGUGGUUUCCAUUAGCGGUGGCAUCAUAAUGCUGCACGCACUGCUCCGUGAUCCAUCCCACGUCACCUCGGGUGACUUUCGCAGCGGAGGAGGGAGCAGCAAAUCUAGCGGCAGCGACGACGAGAGCGCCGGAAACAGCGACGAUUCUGAGGUCUUGGUUGAGACUCCGUAGAGAAGCACCAAAGAGGUUGAACGGGGAGCAAACCCAACUACACAUCAACAAGCGAGCGAGUCGUUGCUGCAACACGGGUCCACCUGUGCCUGUUGAURCGUUAUGCAUUAUAUAUWAUACAUACAAAAUUUUCAUGGCGAAGAUCUCCAACAAUUUUCAAUAUCAUCAUCACUGGAUSAUACUGAUAGGAAGAGGUACCGGCAAUACAAAUGCAUUCCUAACCGAGUGACCAUGAAAGAAGGGCUCAGACUCGGAACAAAGGAAUGGUGAUUACCAGAUAUUGGAAAUAUUUGGCAUUACAAUGGUUCUCUUUCAGAAUGUUGGAUAUCAUUAUUAGCUGCACCUCUAGACACUAGUAGUGAGAUCGUCRUAAUUCAUACCAAUUUCAUUCUUGAUCAACAAAAAACAAAAUAGGAUUACGAUG